AUGUUCACAGGUGUUAACAAUAUGUUAUUCAAAUCAAUAGUUACUCUAUUCCUAUUUAUAAAUGUUAUCAGUGCUUUCGUAGCCAACCCGAUAAUUCAAGACCCAAUCAGUCUGCCCAAAUACGAUUUUAAAUACAUCACUAACAAAAACAAUCAUGUUGAUAAUCUUCCAGAACUUUUACAAGAUAUUGGUCCCUAUCACAAUUGUUUUGUAGAAACCUUAGAAUCUGCUGAAGAUGUCGAAGCUUAUGAUCCAAAUUCUAACGAUUUUAAACAACUUCUCGACCAAACAAUAGUUAAUGCAACAAUCAUACUUGAUAAAUUAUUCAAUGCAACAUCGAUUAUAACCCCUUCUAAGCAUCGCUAUCAACUAGGUUUAUCGACAGGGUAUUGGAAUUAUAUAUUUGCAUAUAAUAACACCAUAGUUCAAUAUUCCAAUGAAGAUUUGUCAUAUGUUUUAGGUUCUUACAAAGAAACCGUCAGCAAUCCCACAAUACUAUCCAAUGAAAAUGGCUUUUAUCUUAGCCAACAUUAUUUUACUGGUACCAUCUGUGAUAUUACUUCGAAACCAAGGGUUGUUGAUGUUCAAUAUAUAUGUGAUCCUUCCUUAAAGAAGGGCACAGCGCAGUUUGUCACAAUCAGAGAAUGGCGUAUUUGCGAGUACGAAGCUAUAAUUGCCACGCAUGACCUUUGCAAUGUCCCAUUGUUAUCAAAAGAUGCAGAAGAAACUUUUUCCUAUAGGGUUACGUGUGAGAAUCCAAACAUUAAAAGUGCCACGUCCUAUUUAACCUCCCCUAACCAUGACGUUCACUUUUUAGGAGAAUCCAUUUACUUACUGAAAACUACUGAACAAAGCAAAAAUGAUACCGAGCUUGAUGUCAUUGUUCUAGCCUCCUCAUCCGCCUCUCAAAUUGAUGAUAUUUUCAGUACUUUACAAGCUAAUGUGUUCGGCUCCAUUUUUGCUAAAGGAUACCUAGGCUCAGGUAUAUACACGAAAUCAUAUUUUAUAUGGAAUGCUCCCGUUAUUAAUCUAUUCGGUGAUAUUCUAGGGUAUUUAAAAGUAGAGACAACUGGCCAGCACAGUGAUGGAUCAUUGUCCAUUUCUUUAAACAAUGAAACGCCUACUUUUGAAAAUGGUAAUUUUGAAAUUAUUCGUUUAUUAGAAGAAGAAGAAGAAGAAGACUUUGUUGCACCAUUAGGAGAGGAUACAAGCCAUGGCCCAGUAAAUCCCGGUGAGAAAAAUCUACUUGAAGAUGAUAUAAUUGUUCGUAUUGGAACAGAUUAUGAUGCGAUCAUUAUUGAAACUCCUGAUGACAUUAUAGCUUUCCCCAUAGAAGCAAAAAUUGAACCAAACGACAAUACGCUUAUUAAUAAUGUGGAAAAUGUUAUUUUAGAUGGACAGAAUAAAGAUAACGUAUUAAAAAUAGAAACGAAAAAAGAUGCCAAAAAGGAGUUGCUAACUCGUGGCAAUAUUAAUGCCAACGAACAUGCUUCUCCUGAUAAAACUGAACUAGAGCAUGAUGAAUUAUAA